AAUCAGAUUGUGUAACGUACAUAUAAUUUUAUAAAAGUUUAUCAAUUUUUCGGCUUCUUGGUGGCAAAAUUCUCAAUGUGUUAACCUUUCGGCCGUACCGCGUCAUUCUCCCAUGCUUUUAUCAAUAAUUCUUAAGAAGAAAAUCUACAAAAAAAUAUACAAAGUAGUUCCCCGCACAAGACUACAAAUGAAAUAGCCCAGUUAUCUGCUUUCGGCUACAAAUUCUACAAGUGUUAAAAGGAAAAUAAGAAGAAAUAUAGCAAAUUCCUGCAGCAAGUGAAAUAGGCAAAUUAUAGGCAAUAAUUUACAAUUUUAAAAAAGCUUAAAGUAAGGAAACCAAGAGGACACCAACCAGAAGCUCCUAGUGGCGAAGCGAAGGGUUUGAGGUCGAGGACUCAAUAGCAGAAUCUGCAUGUCAGCGAAUAACCCACCGCAAGGCGAAAGAUUUCAGAUCGAUUAUAGCCACAACUUCUGAUCAAUCAGCGGAUCCAUUAAGAUGCUCAGUUCGCUGGACGCGCUGGCCGGCAAGAUAGCCACUGCCACGCCCGGAACGGGGGCGGUAACGGCGGACAGCAAGAACACACAGUCGCUGCACCAUCACCACCGCCUGGACUAUGAUUACUCGGCGGUUGAGAUUGAACCACCGGCGGAACAACUGGCCAAUUCCCCGCGCAGCGAACGGGAGCGACUGCAGCAGGCCCAACAGGCCUACGAGCAGCAGGCCCAGGCGGAGCUGGAGUUCGGUCUCGCGGAGGUGGAUGCCAAGCUGACGCAGCUGAAGAGCAGUCAUAGUCUGCAGCACCACCACAGUCACCACCACCAGCUGCAGCGCCAUACGCCGCACCAACAGCAACAGCAGCAGCUACACCACCAUCAGCCCCACCACAAUCACCACCACCACCAUCCGUACCAGCGACCCAGACCCACAUCGCCACCGCAACAACAGACGUCCUCCUACCAGCAGCAACUUUCCCAGCUGGCCGCUCUGCAGGAUCACCAUGAUCUCCUCCAGACGCAGCAGGAGCUCUUCCACAAACAGCUGGCCACCAUGCAGGAGUACCAGCGGGAAAGGGAGCGUGAAAGGGAGCGAGAACGGGAACGUGAGCGGGAACGGGAGCGGGAGCGGGAUCGCAGCAGCUUCAUUGAUAACAGCGAUUACGAUUCCCAGACGGAGUUCAAAAUUUGCCUGAGGGAUAGUGCUUUUGGUAUGAGUGAUAAGAGCAGCAGUGCAACGAACAGCCUGCCGAAUAGUCCCAUACACAGCAACAACAACAAUCCAUCGCUGCUGAACAACAACAACAAUAACAGCAACGGCACCAGCAACAACAGCUUAAACGUCGGCAACAACAACAGCAAUCCGAGCUUGGGCGGCAGCAACAACAACGCACUGGUUUCCGUAGGCAGCAACGGUAUAAUGUCCGCCGCCGGUUUGGUCAACAACAAUAACAAUCCGUGCAGCGCCAACCGCAAUGUGGUCGCCAUGGUCGACGAUGACGCCUGCUUCCGUCUGGACACGGACGCCACGGUGACGUACGGCGAGAAGGAACCGGAUCCGGACAACAUCAAGAUGUUCGUCGGCCAGGUGCCCAAGUCGAUGGACGAGUCGCAGCUGCGCGAGAUGUUCGAGGAGUACGGCGCCGUGCACUCGAUCAACGUUCUGCGGGACAAGGCCACCGGAAUUAGCAAGGGUUGCUGCUUUGUGACAUUUUAUACGAGACGCGCCGCCCUGAAAGCCCAGGAUGCUUUGCAUAAUGUUAAGACGCUAAAUGGGAUGUACCAUCCCAUUCAAAUGAAGCCCGCCGAUAGCGAGAAUCGCAAUGAACGCAAACUCUUUGUGGGUAUGCUAAACAAGAAGCUGAACGAGAACGACGUUCGCAAGCUAUUUGAAGUCCACGGAGCCAUCGAGGAGUGCACCGUCCUUCGGGACCAGAACGGACAGAGCAAGGGUUGUGCCUUCGUCACAUUCGCCACCAAGCACGCUGCCAUUUCGGCCAUUAAAGUGACCCUGAGCCAGAACAAGAUCAUGGAGGGCUGCACAUCGCCGCUGGUCGUCAAGUUCGCCGAUACGCAAAAGGAGAAGGAGCAGAAAAAGAUCCAGCAAAUUCAGGCCAACCUCUGGAAUCUGGCCAGCAACAUCAACAUACCGCUGGGCCAAACGGCCACCAGCGUGACCACGCCCAUCCUGCCCAAUCCGCCGCAGCAGCCUUCGCCGGUCCUCGGCGCAGAUGCCAUCACCCCGGCCUCCAUCCAACUGCUGCAGCAGCUGCAGGCGGUGGGGCUGCAGCACCAGUUGUUGCAAGCCCUCACAGGACUGGGAGCCCAGCAGAGCAGCUCGGCGACGGACACCAGCGCUGUGGCGGCCGCAGGACUUUUGACCCCGAUGACCGUCCAGAAUCUAGCGGCCAUUGCGGCCAUGACGCAGCCGAGUCUCUCGAAUGCCGCCGCGGCAGCCGCCGCUGCCACAUCGCCAGGAAGCGCCCAACUGACCAACACGGCUGCGUUGCUCUGGUCCGAUCCGAAUCCAAUGGCAUCGGCAUAUAUGUCAACAGCCGCCGGUCUGCCGCAAUUCGGGAGCGCCAGUGCAUUGUCCACUUCGCCGCUGGCCAGCGUUGCCCUCAGCGCCGCAGCCGCCGCCGCAGCGGGAAAGCAGAUUGAAGGACCCGAGGGCUGCAACCUUUUCAUCUACCAUCUGCCGCAGGAGUUCACCGAUACGGAUCUGGCCUCCACGUUCCUGCCCUUCGGCAAUGUGAUCUCGGCCAAGGUGUUCAUCGACAAACAGACGAGCCUGUCGAAGUGCUUCGGCUUCGUCUCCUUCGACAAUCCAGACUCGGCCCAGGUGGCCAUAAAGGCGAUGAACGGCUUCCAGGUGGGCACCAAGCGUCUCAAGGUGCAGCUGAAGAAGCCCAAGGACUCGAAGCCCUACUAGAGGCCACCAUCGGCGGCAAGGUUAACCGGACACAUCGAGUAGAGGAACACUGAGAUUUGUGAAAUAUGGAGUAGUCAAUGAAUGAAGAGUUGCCCGUGUAGAGCGCGUUGCAAGAUUAAACGAUGAUGCAAAUGCCAACGUUGUACGUAUCAUACAAAAACCAAAAACAAGAGCAGAAAAAGACAUGAAAUCUGUGCCAAAAAAAAAAAAAGACAGAAUCACUUAUGAUUUAGCACGUUAAUUGUUGAAUUAGAAAAAAAAAACGAAAAACAAAUACCUAAAAACAGAAUCAAAAAGAAACGAAUAACACAACACUUAGACCGUAGUUUAGUUAACUUUCUGUUGAAGUUCCCUUCGAACCCAAUCUUUUACGACUCGUUUUCCUAAUUUUAAACUGUCGUACGAGUUGGUGAACCAUUGCCUUUUAUUAAAUAUUUUGUAUACAUCCUCAUGACUCACAAACGAAAGCAAAAAAUAAAAAACAAACAAAAAAAUAAUUACAAAGAUCUGUUCGAGUGUUAGGUUUAAGUUUUUGAUAUAACUAAUAAUUUAAUACAUACUCUUUCUCUGUUUGAUUUGUUCAUCUCUCAUGUUGCAAGUCACAAUGAAGUUCUUUAUUAUAAAUAUAUACCCACAUGAUAUAUAUUCUAGUUAUAGUUACAAGUUACUCGUUUUGUUCACUGGAUUAUCUCUUUUUAUAUACCUACACUUAUGCUGACUCGCAUAAUUAGUUUUUAGUUAUCUGAUUUGUUACACCCCCAAACUAACUCACAUAUUUUAUUUGUAAUGAGAAAAUGAAAAUGUUUUUGUUAACCACAUUAUAAGUAAUACUUCUCUAGAUUUAUAAUUAGUUGAACAUACAAAUUCACAUACGCUUCUCAGUGUUAUUUAUGCGAUUUGUAAAGGAAACGAACUAUGCCUAAAAAAAAAAACAAAACAAAUGAAAUCGAAAAAAGGAGAACUUGUUAUUAAUGGAGUUUAUUAUUUUAUUUU